CUGGAGGCCGGCGGCGGGGUGGACAAGCCGGCGUCGCAGAGGUGGCUUCAGUGCUGCCAAGGCUGGGCUUCAGGCUUCUGCUGGCCCCUGGAGAGGCCCUGAGAAUGAGCGCAGCUCACCCAGCCUGGGGCACUUUCCAGUGGCUGCUGUCCCUCUAGGGCCCCGCCGCUGUGCUGGCGGGCAGCAGUAGGAUGCACCUGUCAGCGGUGUUCAACGCCCUCCUGGUGUCGGUGCUGGCAGCCGUCCUGUGGAAGCAUGUGCGGCUGCGCGAGCAUGCAGCCACUCUGGAGGAGGAGCUGGCCCUCGGGCAGCAGGCCCUGGAGCCGGCCUCGUCGCUGAGGAUCGACUACCCGCAGGCCCUGCAGAGCCUGAUGGAGGGUGGCACCCACAUGGUGUGCACGGGACGCACGCACACCGACCGCCUCUGCCGCUUCCAGUGGCUCUGCUACUCCAACGAGGCUGAGGAGUUCAUCUUCUUCCACGGCAACAACUCCGUCAUGCUCCCCAACCUGGGCUCGCGGCGCUUCCAGCCGGCCCUGCUUGACCUCUCCACCGUGGAGGACCACAACACCCAGUACUUCAACUUCGUGGAGCUGCCUGCUGCGGCUCUGCGCUUCAUGCCCAAGCCGGUGUUCGUGCCCGACGUGGCACUCAUCGCCAACCGCUUCAAUCCCGACAACCUCAUGCACGUCUUCCACGACGACCUAUUGCCGCUCUUCUACACGCUGCGCCAGUUCCCUGGCCUGGCCCACGAGGCUCGGCUCUUCUUCAUGGAGGGCUGGGGCGAGGGCGCCCACUUUGACCUCUACAAGCUCCUCAGCCCCAAGCAGCCGCUGCUGCGGGCUCAGCUGAAGACCCUCGGCCGGCUGCUCUGCUUCUCCCAUGCUUUUGUGGGUCUCUCCAAGGUCACCACUUGGUACCAGUAUGGCUUUGUCCAGCCUCAAGGCCCCAAGGCCAACAUCCUCGUGUCAGGCAACGAGAUCCGGCAGUUCGCACAGUUCAUGAUGGAAAAACUGAACGUGAGCCACUCGGGGGCCCCCCUGGGUGAGGAGUACAUUCUGGUCUUCAGCCGUACGCACAACAGGCUCAUUCUGAAUGAGGCAGAGCUGCUGCUGGAGCUGGCCCAGGAGUUCCAGAUGAAGACGGUGACCGUGUCGCUGGAGGACCAUACCUUUGCAGACAUCGUGCGGCUGGUCAGCAACGCCUCCAUGCUGGUCAGCAUGCACGGGGCGCAGCUGGUCACUUCCCUCUUCCUGCCCCGUGGAGCAACCGUGGUCGAGCUCUUCCCGUACGGCGUCAAUCCCGACCACUACACGCCCUACAAGACGCUGGCCCUGCUGCCCGGCAUGGACCUGCAGUACGUCGCCUGGCGUAACAUGAUGCCCGAGAACACGGUCACGCACCCCGAGAGGCCCUGGGACCAGGGAGGCAUCGCCCACCUGGACCGAGCUGAACAGGCCCGCAUCCUGCAGAGCCGCGAGGUCCCACGGCACCUCUGCUGCCGGAACCCCGAGUGGCUCUUCCGGAUCUAUCAGGACACUAGGGUGGACAUCCCAUCCCUCAUGCAAACCAUACGGCGUGUGGUGAAGGGCCAGCCAGGGCCACGGAGGCAGAAGUGGACAGUGAGCCUGUACCCGGGCAAGGUGCGGGAGGCGCGGUGCCAGGCGUCCGUGCAGGGCGCCUCCGAGGCCCGCCUCACUGUGUCCUGGCAGAUCCCCUGGAACCUCAAGUACCUGAAGGUGAGGGAGGUCAAGUACGAGGUGUGGCUGCAGGAGCAGGGCGAGAACAGCUACGUGCCUUACAUCCUGAGCCUGCAGAACCACACCUUCACGGAGAACAUCAAGCCCUUCACCACCUAUCUGGUGUGGGUCCGCUGCAUCUUCAACAAGCUCCUCCUGGGGCCCUUUGCGGAUGUGCUGGUGUGCAGCACAUAGCAGGCAGCCCCACUGCCCCGUGGCCCUGGACCCGCGCUCCCUGCUGCCACCAUCGUCGCCGUAACUGUUGGCAAUUACUCCUCUAUUUAUUGGGCAGGCCUGCUCCAGGCCAACGCCUACGUGUUGUCUUACUGCAUCUGGGGGUGGUGGUCACGGCACUGCUCUUUGAACUGGAGAGUGGGCCCCUCCUUCUGUCGUCUGCUAAUCACCCGUACAGGAGAAGGUCCUGGAAGUGGUGAGGACUGAGGGGAGGAGGAG